GGGAUUACGAAACGUUUAUGCCAAAACAAAGAGGGUUCCGUCCCCAGGGGUUAAUAGCCCCCAUACAGAGGGUCAAGUACACUGGACCAACUAUAAAGGAUAAAAUAAACCGAGAUAGCAGGCCGACAUGGGAUGACUUGAAGGACAGAAUUAAGAACCAAGAAGGAUGUAAAAUGUUGGAGGAAUAUGAAAAUGCUAAGUAUGUGGAGGAGCUUAACAAGAACAGAGCGGAAAGAAUAAAGGAGCAGGAAAAGAGGUACAUAAAGAAGCUAAAAAAGGAGUAUAAAAAUAAGCGGAGGAAUAAAAGUGACAGUCGAAGUAGCAGCGAGGACAGUGCUACUUCCUCAGAGGAUGACUCGAAAAAGAAGAAGCAGAAAAAGGGAGAGAGAGAAAAAGAAAAAAAAAAUCACAAACAUUCGAGUAGACAUAAGCGAAAGGAGUUCCAUUCUAGCAGCGAAGACGGGCAUUCAAGCGACUCCUCUUCGAGCCAUGAAAAAAAGAAAAGGAAAAAGAAAAAAAGGCGUUCCCUGUCUGAUUCCAGUUCGACUGACUCGAGUGGCCGUCCGCGCAAGAGGCGAGAAAAAAGCGACGGGGUAAAUCCCUAUAAGCUAUCGAGCUUUUUUAAAAUGAAGUGAAAAAAGAAGAAUGAAAGAGGGGAAGUCUUUUUCGCGUUUAAUUAAAAAAAAAAUGGCAAAAGGGGGGAAAAGAAGUGGCAAAGUUUCGGCAAAAAAUUGGCAACAAUGGCCAUAAUUUUGCUUAAAUUUUUUUUAAAAAUAUUUUUAAUAUGGCUAUUAAUUUUUUUUUUUUUUUUUUUUUUUUCGUUUGUAUCAAAUUAAAACUAAAUUUUUUU